AUGAUUAGCUUUAAAAAAGGCUAUAAGAAAAAUCGCCUUCGUCAGGGCGAAUCACAACGUCCUCAGAUCCUCCAGUGGAAUGCUGGAGAAAUGUCUCCGGACAAAAAGAUCCAAGUACAGAAAAUCCUACAAACCUACGAUGUUGACAAUUUCACAAUUACGGAAGCUAACAUUUCGGGUGACAAACUGAAGUACUACCAAUUCCUAGGUUACACACUGUACAAUCUACCUAAAUACCGGCAAGUUGCAAGUGGAAUUCCAACUGGUGUUAAAGAAGGCCUCACCUCACACUACGACCUAAUCAAGUGUAUGGGCUCGACACAUGACAGAUGUGAAAUAAUCAGGUUAAAUGUUUGGAAAUGUCAAAACUACCUCAAGGUAUAUGCAGUCUCACAUAAAACUAUAGUAUUAGGAGACUUCAACGCCCACUCCACCAGAUGGGGCUACAAGGAUACAAACAUAGCUAAAAAUGAAAUUGAAGACAUGCUAAACAGCAAUCCUCUGGAACAUUUUUACAGCAAUGAGGAUCUAGCUACAUAUUUGCACUACAACAGAACCAGAACAACUCCUGACUUGCUCGUAACUUCAAGUGACAUCAGCGAACAUACGCACAGCAAAAUAAUUGACGAUCCUGGUUAA